GAAGGAGAGUUAAAUAAAGGUGAUAAAUGGAUGUAUAUUGGCCUUCGAAAUUUAUGUUCGUAUGUUAAACAUAUUGACUACUCUGCAAAGUGUGCUAAAAUUAAAAACGAAAAAGGAGAAUCAUUUGAACUUUCAACCUCUUCUUGGGAAAAUAAUGAUAUUUUUGGUUGUGGAUUAGUUUAUCCUCCAACUAAUACGACGAAUGAAUUUCCUUAUGUUUUCUUUACACAAAAUGGAAAACAAAUUGUAUAA